CAGUAGCGGACUGGGUGUAGUCUGGAGUCGGUUGAUGGCGGCGGACACAAAGAGCUGAGGCCCGAGCAGAGACCCGCACACCGCCCGCACCGCCCGCACCGCCCCGCCGGACACGAGCCUCUGGACGCGGCCGAACCGUCCCGAACCUUCCUCCGCUGCUCGGCAUCUGUCGGUUACCGGAGAGUUGCGGCAAAAACUUUGCACGAAGUUCAGCGGAAAGAAGUUCCGCGUCGCAGCCGCAGAGGUUCUCGUGUCGGAGGAGCAGCACCGGGCAGCGAUGCGCGCUCGGUCGGUGAGCGGGGCCCCGGGCCCCCCGGGCCCCCCGGGGCCCCUGGCGGCCCUGGCGGCCCUCAGCCUGCUGCUGUGCGCCCGCGCCGCCAUGGACGAGUGUGUGGACGAGCAGCGCCGCGCGCAGCGCUGCAUGCCCGAGUUCGUGAACGCCGCGUUCAACGUGACGGUGGUGGCGACCAACACCUGCGGCUCCCCGCCCGAGGAGUACUGCGUCCAGACCGGCGCCACCGGCGUCACCAAGUCGUGCCACAUCUGCGACGCGCGCGACGCGCGGAACCACCACAGCGCGGCGGACCUGACGGACUACAACAACCAGCAGGACACCACCUGGUGGCAGAGCCAGACCAUGCUGGCGGGGGUCCAGUACCCGAGCGCCAUCAACCUCACCCUGCACCUCGGUAAAUCCUUCGACAUCACCUACGUGCGGCUCAAGUUCCACACCAGUCGUCCCGAGAGCUUCGCCAUCUACAAGCGGACCAGCGAGUCCGGGCCCUGGGUCCCGUACCAGUUCUACAGCGGCUCCUGUGAGAAGACGUACCGGAAGACGAGCCGCGGCUUCAUCCGCACCGGCGAGGACGAGCAGCAGGCGCUCUGCACCGACGACUUCAGCGACAUCUCGCCGCUCACCGGCGGCAACGUGGCCUUCUCCACGCUGGAGGGACGACCGAGCGCCUACAACUUCGACAACAGCCCCGUCCUGCAGGACUGGGUGACGGCCACCGACAUCCGAGUGACCCUGAACAGACUCAACACGUUCGGAGACGAGGUCUUCAACGACCCCAAGGUCCUGAAGUCCUACUACUACGCCAUCUCUGACUUCGCCGUGGGAGGAAGGUGUAAGUGUAACGGCCACGCCAGCGAGUGUGUGAAGAAUGACGGUGGACGACUGGUGUGUAACUGCAAACACAACACGGACGGUGACGACUGCAACAUCUGCAAACCGUUCUACAAUGACCGGCCGUGGAGGAGGGCGACCGCCGACAAUGCCAACGACUGUCUGCCCUGUGACUGUAACAGUAAGAGCAGUGAGUGUUACUUCGAUGCCGAGCUGUACCGGGCCACAGGUCACGGAGGUCACUGCAAGAACUGCGCUGACAACACCGACGGACCGAACUGCGAGCGUUGCCUUGACAACUACUACAGAGACCAGAGCGGCAGCGGCUGCCUGCCCUGCGGCUGCAACUCGGUCGGCUCUGAUUCUCCUCAGUGUGACAACAGAGGAAUGUGUGCAUGUAAACCAGGAGUGACCGGAGAGAAGUGUGACCGCUGCCAUCCGGGGUUCCACAGUCUGACAGAGGCCGGCUGCAGGUCUUGCUCUUGCUCGCCCUCGGGCAGCACUCAGGAGUGUGACGUGAACACGGGUCAGUGUCGCUGUAAAGACAACGUGGAGGGUUUCAGCUGCGACAGGUGUAAGCUGGGUUACUUCAACCUGGACCCGUCCAACGCUCAGGGAUGCACGCCGUGUUUCUGCUUCCACCAUUCGUCCGUGUGCGACAGCGCCGAAGGCUUCAGCGUCCACGCCGUCAGCUCCGCCUUCAGCAGAGAUGACGAGCAGUGGACCGCUCAGCAGCGUGAUGGGUCCAGUGUCUCAGUCCAGUGGUCUCCCAGUGGACAGGAAGUCUCCCUCAUCUCAGACGACUACUUCCCCAUGUACUUCGUAGCCCCAGAAAAGUUCCUGGGGAACCAGAUGCUGAGUUACGGACAGAACCUGACCCUGAGUUUCCGUGUGGACCGGCGGGACACGCGUCUGUCGGCGGAGGACCUGGUCCUGGAGGGAGCGGACCUGAGGGUGGCCGUCCCCCUCAUCGCCCAGGGCAACGCCUACCCCAACGAGAACAUGCAGACAUACGUGUUCAGGCUCCAUGACAGCACUGAUUACCCCUGGAGGCCGACAAUCAGCCACUCUGACUUCCAGAAACUUCUCCACAACCUUACGGCCGUCAAGAUCCGAGGAACCUACAGCGAGAGGAGCGCCGGUUACCUUGACGACGUCUCCUUGGUGACAGCGAGGCGUGGCCUCGGGGUCCCGGCCCGCUGGGUGGAGCAGUGCACCUGUCCCCAGGGUUACCAGGGUCAACACUGUGAGCAGUGCACUCUGGGAUACCGCCGCGCCCGCCCCGCGCUUGGAGCAUUCAGCGCCUGUGAGCCCUGCAACUGUAACGGACACAGCGACGCCUGCAACCCCGACUCAGGUGCGUGCGACUGUCAGCACAACACGGCAGGUUUGAGCUGUGAACGCUGUAAAGAUGGUUUCUAUGGCGACGCCACCCAGGGGUCGUCGGACGCCUGUACGCCGUGUCCCUGCCCGACCGGUGCCACCUGCGCUGUCGUCCCCUCCACCAGAGAGGUGGUCUGCACCAACUGCCCUGCGGGAACCACAGGGAAGCGCUGCGAGCUCUGUGACGACGGGUUCUUUGGCGACGCGCUGGGCCAGAGCGGGCCGGUCAGAGCCUGCCGAGCCUGCAAGUGCAGCGACAACAUCGACCCCAACGCCGUCGGCAACUGCAACCGGGAGACGGGCGAGUGCCUGAAGUGCAUCUACAACACGGACGGCUUCUUCUGCGACCGCUGCAAGGAGGGUUUCUACGGCAACGCCCUGGCGUCCAGCCCCGCGGACAAGUGCAAACCCUGCUCCUGCUCGCCCUCCGGGACGGUGGGUCGUCAGACCGGCUGCUCUCAGGUCACUGGUCAGUGUCCGUGUCUGCCCAACGUGGCCGAGCGCGACUGCAGCGCCUGCGAGCCCGGAUUCUUCAACCUGCAGAGCAGUGACGGCUGCGAACGGUGUAACUGUAACCCCAUUGGCUCCACCAACGGUCAGUGUGACAUCACCACCGGACAGUGCGAGUGUCAGCCCGGCGUCACCGGUCUGCACUGCCAGCGCUGCGAGGUCAACUCCUUCGGCUUCGGCUCGUCCGGCUGCAAACCCUGUGACUGCGACCCCGAGGGCUCCCAGUCAGGUCAGUGUAAAGACGACGGACGCUGCGAGUGUCGUCCCGGCUUCGUCGGCGCUCGAUGUGACAUGUGUGAGGAGAACUACUUCUACAACCGCACGGUGCCGGGCUGCCAGCAGUGUCCCUCCUGCUACAGCCUGGUCCGGGACAAGGUGAACCAGCAGAGGCAGAAGCUUCAUGACCUGCAGACUCUGAUCGACAACCUGGGCUCGGGUCAGGAGAGCGUGAGCGACAAGGCGUUCGAGGACCGACUGAAGGAGGCGGAGCGAGCCAUCGACGAGCUGCUGGAGGAGGCUCAGACCAGCAAAGACGUGGACCGAGGCCUGUUGGACCGUCUGACCGUCAUCAACAACACGUUGACGACUCAGUGGAACCGGCUGCAGAACAUCCGCGGCACGGUGGACAGCACCGGCGCUCAGGCAGACCGCGCCCGCAGCCGAGUCCGAGACGCUGAGAGCCUGAUCGACCACGCCCGGCAGGAGCUGGACAAGGCCAAGGACGCCGUGGGCAAAGUGGACAUCAAACCGCCGGGCGGCAGCGGCGAGCCCAACAACAUGACGAUGCUGGCGGAGGAGGCCCGCAGGCUGGCUGAGAAGCACAAGAUGGACGCCGAUCAGAUCGAGAAGAUCGCCAGAGACGCCAACGACACGUCGACCAAGGCGUACAACCUCCUGCUGAAGACGCUGGACGGAGAGAGCAAGACCAGCCAGGAAGUGGAUGAGCUCAACAGCAAGUACAACGAGGCGAAGGAGCUGGCGAAGAGCCUGGAGAAACAGGCCAACAAGGUCCAGGCGGAGGCCGAGGACGCAGGAAACACAGCUCUGAAGAUCUUCGCCAACCUGACCAGCCUCCCGCCGUUCGACACCAAGGUGUUGGAGGACGAAGCCACGAAGAUUAAGAAGGAGGCGUCGGACCUGGACAAGCUGAUCGACAAGACAGAGAAGGAAUACAAUGACCUGAGAGACGACCUGAAGGCCAAGGAGCAGGAAGUCCGCAAGCUGCUGGAGAAAGGCAAGAGUGAGCAGCAGACCGCGGAUCAGCUGUUGGCUCGGGCUGAUGCUGCCAAAGCUCUGGCUGAGGAGGCGGCGAAGAAAGGUCGGUCGACCUACGGAGAGGCCGAGGGCAUCCUGACCGACCUGAGAGACUUCGACAAGAGGGUCAACGACAACAAGACGGCCGCUGAGGACGCCAUGAAGAAGAUCCCUGCCAUCAACGCCACCAUCAUGGCCGCCAACGAGAAGACCAGGCAGGCAGAGGCGGCGCUCGGAAACGCUGCCGCCGAUGCCCGAGAGGCCAAGAGCAAGGCGGAGGAGGCGGAGCGGAUCGCCAGCAACGUGCAGAAGGGCUCCGCCAAGACCAAGGAGGACGCAGAGAAGGCGUUCCAGGACACCAGCAAGCUGGACGGCGAGGUUGACGCCAUGAUGAACCAGCUGAGCGCCGCCGAGCAGGAGCUGGACCGGAAGAAGGACGAGGCCGACCAGGACAUGAUGAUGGCCGGAAUGGCGUCCACCAAUGCUAAGGAGGCAGAGGACAACGCCCGCAAGGCCAAGAGCGCCGUGAAGACGGUGCUGAGCACCAUCACCGCCCUGCUGGAUCAGCUGGGAAACAUCGACAAGGUGGACCUGAGCAAACUGAACCAGAUCGAUGAGUCGCUGAAGAGGGCCAAGGGCAAGAUGGCCGACAGCGAGCUGGACAGGAAGCUGACGGAGCUGAACGACGUGGCGCGAACUCAGGAGGAGAUGAUCAACGACUACGACCGGCAGAUCCGUGAGAUCCGCGCCGACAUCCUCAACCUCAACGACAUCAAGAACACGCUACCUGACGGCUGCUUCAACACGCCGUCUCUGGAGAGGCCAUAGCCCCGCCCCCUCGCCCGCCCCCUCACAGCUAACACUCUGGCGAACACGCCGACGACUUUUACCAAAACAGUUUUUUUUUAAUUUUUGUUUCCAGAUUCUUGUCUGUGAUUUUACUUUUACAAGAGAGAAGCAAAUAUUUCAAAUCACGUUUUUUUUAUUGAACCGAGAAGCGGAAGAACCU